CAUACAAGACUCAUUUUAAAUUAACAAAAUCUAAGAACGAACCAAAGGGUGAAGCAAGCAAUAUUGAAAUCGAAAUUGAAAAAAAUUGAUUAAAUUGAAGAACAUAAAAGUACUUGUGGCCGUCCAAAACGCGAUUUCUUUUAUUAAGCACUUAUUUUAUUUUUCUUCACCUAGUACCAUUUUUCUUUCUCUCACCAUUUUUAUUACCACCUUAUAGUUUCACUCCGCAUUCUAGGGCUUCAAUUUCCCUAAACAUUUUCCGAAAUAUUUGAAAAUAUUAGAUUCAUCCAAACAUUUUUUUUUAAAAAAAUAAAAAAAAAAUUAUCGGAGAAGAAGAAGAAAACUCGAAAUCGCGUAGAUCGAUCUUAUUACUUGUCAACAUUUUCACCAUUUUUGAUCGAAACGCGUUUUUAUGCAGCUGCGAUUAUUGCAGCUUAUUUGAUUUUUUGAUAAUUGAUUGAUUUUGAAUGGUGUUUUCUUUUUCCCUUUUCGGAGGGAGGAAGGGAAAUCGUUGGAUCUGGUGAAUGUUGAUGAGAAUAAUCGAAUGAGAGAGUUUUUGAAGGAUCUGAACGAUGAAAUGGGUUAAUUUGCUUAAAGACUUUAAAGAGAAGGUUGGUUUUACUCAAUCGUCGUCUGCUUCGUCGCAACCACCGUCUGCUUCUACUUCUGCUGCUGUUUCUCCUUCUCGUGGUGAUAACAUCAACAACAAUGCCUUCUUCUCAGCUUCGCAAAGCUCUUCUUCAUCUCCCAACAGGGACAGACAUGAGCUGGAAUUGGAUUUCAAGAGAUUUUGGGAAGAGUUUCGGUCAUCCAGCUCUGAGAAGGAAAAAGAAGCGGCCUUGAAUUGGAGUAUAGAUGCUUUUUGUAGAUUAGUAAAGCAGCAGGCUAAUGUAGCUCAGUUAAUUACCAUGUUAGUUGAAACACAUAUAUUCUCUUUUGUUGUGGGACGAGCGUUUGUAACCGAUAUAGAGAAGUUAAAGAUCAGCAGUAAAACAAGAUCUUUGGAUGUUGCUCAAGUUUUGAAGUUUUUCUCUGAAGUCACAAAGGAUGACAUCAGUCCCGGAGCAAAUUUAUUAACGUCAGUGGGAAUCCUUGUAUCUGGGCCUAUUGACAAGCAAUCUCUACUCGACUCCGGAAUAUUUUGCUGUCUAAUCCAUGUUCUCAAUGCCCUUCUUGAUCCUGAUGCAACCAUUCAAAGGCCAAAUAGUACUACUGAUCACGAAGAACGUUUGGUCUUACAAAAAGAAUAUAAUGUUGGUGUUGGGCAAAACCGACGGCUUGAGGUAGAGGGAAGUGUCGUGCAUAUCAUGAAAGCACUAGCAAGCCAUCCAUCAGCAGCUCAGAGUUUGAUAGAGGAUGAUUCACUUCAGUUGCUUUUUCAAAUGGUUGCCAAGGGAUCUUUGAUUGUUUUCUCUCGUUAUAAGGAAGGACUUAUUCCAUUGCACAACAUACAACUUCAUAGACAUGCUAUGCAGAUACUCGGUCUUCUUUUGGUAAAUGACAAUGGAAGCACAGCCAAAUACAUCCGCAAGCAUCUCCUGAUAAAAGUUCUUUUAUUGGCUGUGAAAGAUUUUGAUCCUGAUUGUGGAGAUUCUGCUUAUACCGUAGGCAUUGUUGACUUGUUACUCAAGUGUGUUGAAUUGUCAUAUAGGGCUGAGGCUGGUGGUGUCAGACUACGAGAGGAUAUACAUAAUGCCCAUGGAUAUCAAUUCCUUGUUCAAUUCACACUAACUCUUUCCAACAUGACAGAAAGUCAGGGCUUUCAAUCCAUUCCUUUUGAUGAAGACAAAGAUGUUGCUUCAGAUGGGUCCCAAAAUAGCAGAGGACAAAAUUUCAAUGAACAAGAAAAGUCUUCCAUUCAAUAUCUUUCACCCACUCUGUCUAGGUUGUUAGAUGUUCUUGUUAGUCUAGCCCAAACUGGGCUAGACGAGUCUCCACCUACAUAUGGAGGUAAGAGUUCUAAAUCUUCUCAGAGCAAGGGUGGUGGUCAUAGCAAAAGUCGGACCUUAUCCAGUGAUUGGCUUGGUGAUGAAUUAUGGGAGAAGGACAAUGAUAAAAUUAAGGACCUUGAAGCAGUCCAGAUGUUGCAAGAUAUUCUCCUCAAAGCCAGUAACCAGGAGUUGCAGGCCGAAGUAUUAAAUAGACUGUUCAAAAUUUUUUCAGGUCAUUUAGAGAACUACAAGUUGUGUCAACAAUUACGCACUGUUCCGCUUUUAAUCUUAAAUAUGGCUGGUUUUCCUUCUUCUUUGCAAGAGAUAAUCUUGAAAAUUCUUGAGUAUGCUGUGACUGUAGUAAAUUGUGUUCCUGAGCAAGAGUUACUUUCACUUUGUUGCUUAUUGCAGCAACCAAUAACAUCAGAGUUGAAGCAGACAAUACUUUCUUUCUUUGUAAAACUCUUGUCCUUUGACCAACAGUACAAGAAAGUUCUGCGUGAAGUUGGUGUUUUGGAAGUUAUGUUAGAUGAUUUGAAGCAACACAGGAUUUUAGGUCCUGAUCAACAGAAUGUUAACCUCAACCUACCAGAGAGAAAAACUAGCUCAAGCAGCUUCAAGAAGCAUAUGGGCAAUAAGGAUGUCAUUAUUACUUCACCCAAGCUUAUGGAAUCUGGUUCAGGGAAGUUUCCUAUUUUUGAUGUUGAAGCUACCAUUGGUAUUGCUUGGGACUGCAUGGUAUCUUUGUUGAAGAAAGCUGAGGCCAAUCAAGCUUCAUUCCGCUCUGCUACUGGUGUGACUGCCAUGCUGCCUUUUUUGGUGUCUGAUAUACAUCGUCCAGGGGUUCUCAGAAUAUUGUCAUGUCUUAUAAUUGAAGAUACCUCACAGGCUCAUCCUGAGGAGUUAGGCGUGUUGGUUGAAAUUUUGAAAAGCGGAAUGGUGACCAGUGCUUCGGGAUCUCAGUACCGGCUUUCCCAUGAUGCAAAAUGCGACACUAUGGGAGCACUGUGGCGUAUCUUGGGAGUUAAUAACUCUGCUCAGAAGGUUUUUGGUGAAGCCACUGGUUUUUCUCUAUUGCUCACAACACUCCAUGGGUUCCAAAGUGAUGGUGGAGACUUGGACCAAUCUUCAUUGAGUUUUUACGUAAAGGUUUUUACCUAUUUGUUGCGUGUUGUAACUGCUGGAGUGGCUGACAAUUCUGUUAAUAGAAUGAAGCUGCAUGCAAUUAUAUCGUCACAAACUUUCUUUGAUCUUCUGUGUGAGUCUGGCUUACUUUGUGUGGAGCAUGAAAAACAAGUCAUCCAGUUGAUGUUAGAACUUGCUCUUGAAAUAGUUAUUCCACCUUUCUUAGCAUCAGAAGGUUUGAUAAAACCAAAUGCAAUUGAGAACGAGUCUUCUCAGAAUCUUUUAUUGACUCCGUCAGGUCCAAUUGAUCCUGAUAAAGAGCGAGUUUACAAUGCUGGUGCUGUUAAGAUUUUGAUUCGUUCAUUAUUGAUGUUCACUCCUAUGGUGCAGUUAAAACUUUUAGACUUAAUUGAAAAGCUGGCUCGUGCUGGCCCCUUUAAUCUCGAAAGCCUCACCUCAACAGGUUGUGUGGAACUUUUGCUGGAUACAAUCCACCCCUUUCUUUCGGGUUCAUCUUCCUUACUCUCUCGUGCAUUGAAGAUUGUGGAAGUCCUCGGUUCUUACAGGCUAUCUGCAUCUGAACUUCGUACGCUCAUCAGAUAUGUUAUGCAAAUGAGGCUGAAAAAUUCUGGUCAUAUAAUUGUUGAAAUGAUGGAAAAAUUAAUUUUGAUGCAAGACAUGUCCUCAGAAAAUAUCUCUCUUGCACCAUUUAUGGAGAUGGAUAUGAGCAAGAUUGGGCAUGCUGCCAUUCAGGUUUCGUUGGGUGAAAGAUCAUGGCCUCCGGCUGCUGGUUAUUCAUUUGUUUGUUGGUUCCAAUUUCAAAAUUUUUUGAAGUCACCAUCAAAAGAUACCGAUCCUUCUAAAGUUGUCCCUUCCAAGAAGCGCUCUGGCCCAAAUGGACUGCAGGAGAGACAAAUCUUAAGGAUUUUUUCUGUUGGUGCUACUAAUAACGAUGAUGCAACCUAUGCUGAACUUUAUCUCCAGGAGGAUGGCAUUCUUACUCUUGCAACCAGCAAUUCUUCCGUCUUAUCAUUUUCUGGUUUAGAACUGGAGGAAGGAAGGUGGCAUCACCUUGCAGUCAUUCACAGCAAACCAAAUGCUCUUGCUGGACUGUUUCAAGCUAGUGUUGCAUAUGUUUAUCUAAAUGGGAAGUUAAGGCACACUGGGAAGUUAGGAUAUUCACCCUCUCCACCUGGUAAACCAUUGCAAGUCACAAUUGGGACAUCAGUUAACAACACGAGAGUUAGUGACUUAGCAUGGAAACUACGCUCUUGCUAUCUUUUUGAGGAAGUGCUUACACCCGGCUGUAUCUGUUUCAUGUACAUACUUGGUAGAGGAUAUAGAGGGCUUUUCCAGGACACAGAUCUUCUACAAUUUGUACCUAACCAGGCCUGUGGUGGUGGUAGUAUGGCCAUAUUAGAUUCUUUAGACGCUGAUUUGACUUUGGUUGCUACUGGUCAGAGAGUGGAUGCUACUAGCAAGCAGGGAGACCUAAAGGCAGAUGGAAGUGGAAUUGUCUGGGAUUUGGAGAGACUGGGAAACCUUUCUUUACAGCUUUCAGGGAAGAAACUCAUUUUUGCCUUUGAUGGAACUUCUACAGAAUUUAUUCGAUCUUCAGGUAGUUUUUCAGUCCUCAAUUUGGUUGAUCCUAUGUCAGCUGCUGCGUCCCCUAUUGGAGGUAUUCCACGUUUUGGACGUCUCUGUGGAGAUACUUACAUCUGCAAGCAAGAUGUAAUUGGAGAGACUAUCCGUCCUAUUGGUGGGAUGGAACUUGUCCUCGCUCUUAUUGAAGCUGCAGAAACUAGAGAUAUGCUGCAUAUGGCUCUGACUCUACUUGCCUGUGCACUUCACCAAAAUCAUCAAAAUCUUAAGGACAUGCAAACAUAUAGGGGAUACCACCUGCUUGCGCUUUUUUUGCGUCGCAGAAUGUCAUUAUUCGACAUGCAAUCUCUUGAGAUCUUUUUUCAGAUUGCUGCCUGUGAAGCUUCAUUUUCUGAACCCAAAAAGUUUGAAAUUACCCAGAUUAACUUGUCUCCCGCUGUAUCACCGCAGGAAGCCAGUCUUGAGGAUAAUUUUUUGUCGAAGUUUCAUGAUGAGAAUUCUUCAGCUGGGUCUCAUGGAGACAUGGAUGAUUUUUCUGUACCAAAAGAUUCAUUUAGUCACAUUUCUGAGCUAGAAAAUACUGAUAUUCCCGCAGAAACUUCAAAUUGUAUUGUCUUGUCAAAUGCGGACAUGGUUGAGCACGUCUUGUUGGAUUGGACAUUGUGGGUAACAGCCUCAGUUUCAAUCCAAAUUGCAUUACUUGGUUUUCUUGAAAACUUAGUGUCUAUGCAUUGGUAUAGAAAUCAUAACCUUACAAUUUUGCGGCGAAUCAACCUUGUCCAACAUUUACUAGUUACAUUGCAAAGGGGUGAUGUUGAAGUUCCUGUCCUUGAAAAAUUGGUUGUGUUGCUUGGGGUCAUUUUGGAAGAUGGGUUUCUAUCUUCUGAGCUUGAAAAUGUGGUUAGAUUUGUGAUAAUGACAUUUGAUCCACCAGGGUUGACUCCACAACGUCCAAUUAUGAGAGAGUCAAUGGGGAAACAUGUGAUUGUCAGAAAUAUGUUACUAGAGAUGCUAAUUGAUCUGCAAGUCACAAUUAAAUCGGAAGAGUUGCUUGAGCAGUGGCAUAAAGUCGUUUCUUCUAAGUUAAUUACAUAUUUUCUUGAUGAAGCAGUUCAUCCAACAAGUAUGAGAUGGGUGAUGACUUUACUUGGUGUGUGUAUUACUUCCUCUCCAACAUUUGCUCUUAAAUUUCGAACCGGCGGAGGUUAUCAAGGUUUGGUUCGGGUGCUCCCCAGUUUCUAUGAUUCCCCGGAUAUAUAUUAUAUUUUGUUCUGUUUGAUGUUUGGCAAGCCAGUUUAUCCUAGGUUACCAGAGGUCCGUAUGUUGGACUUUCAUGCCCUUAUGCCAAAUGAUGGAAAUUAUACGGAACUUAAGUUUGUAGAAUUGUUGGAUUCUGUGGUUGCUAUGGCGAAAACUACUUUUGAUAGAGUAAGCAUGCAGUCAAUGCUUGCCCACCAAACUGGUAAUCUUUCCCAGGCUGGUGCAAGCCUUGUGGCUGAGCUUGUAGAGGGAAAUUCAGACAUGGCUGGUGAACUUCAAGGAGAAGCUCUUGUGCACAAGACCUAUGCUGCUCGCCUUAUGGGUGGAGAGGCAUCAGCUCCUGCUGCUGCAACUUCUGUCCUAAGAUUUAUGGUUGAUCUAGCUAAGAUGUGCCCCCCUUUUACUGCUGUUUGUAGGCGUCCAGAAUUUCUUGAAAGCUGCAUUGACUUGUAUUUUUCUUGUGCAAGGGCUGCACAUGCUGUUAAAAUAGCCAAAGAACUCUCUGCAGUGACGGAAGAAAAAACCUUCAAUGAUGGUGAUGAUACCUGCAGUUCCCAAAAUACAUUUUCUAGUUUGCCUCUGGAUCAGGAUCAGUCUGUCAAAACGUCCAUUAGUGUUGGUAGCUUUCAUCAGGGGCAGGUAAGUUCAAGUUCUGAUGAUAUGGCUGCACCAGCAAACUCUAAGGUUGGUGAGAAAUCAGACAAUAACGUUACUGUAACUGCGCCAGAUUCAAAUGUUACUGUAAUUGAGCCAGAGUCAAAGAAAUCUGUUCAUGAAGAUACGCAAACUGUUCAGAGCUUGGAUGGUGAUAAUGCUGAUCAGGGCUCUGUCUCAUCUAGUGCACAUGAGUUUAGCUUUCACAGUAUCAAAGGCAACUUGGACAUUCAACUGCCAACAGAUUCCCAUAGUUCUGCAUCGUUUGCUGUUCUGGAUUCUCCCGUUUUUUCGGAAAAGUCCAAUUCUAGAACUCCUCUUACACCUUCUUCAUCACCAGUUGUUGCGUUGACAUCUUGGCUUGGAAGCUCAAGCCACAAUGAAGCAAAAUCUCCCUUAACUCCUACUCCUUCCUUCAAUUCUUCAAUGUCUGCUGGGGAUUUCGAUUCAACUUCAAACCUGAAGUCUAACUUUCAAGAGCCAUCUGCUGCAAAUGCUUACUUUACGGUAACCUCAAAGCUGCUUUUGGAUAUAGAUGACUCUGGAUAUGGUGGUGGUCCAUGCUCUGCUGGGGCUACCGCUGUGUUAGAUUUCAUUGCAGAGGUGCUUUCCGAUUUUGUGACAGAGCAGGUGAAAGCAUCACAGCUAAUAGAGAUCAUCUUGGAAAGUGUUCCUCUAUAUAUUGAUAGUGAAUCUGUGUUAGUUUUCCAAGGACUGUGCCUUGGGCGAUUUAUAAACUUCCUUGAGAGGCGACUGCUGCGUGAUGAUGAAGAAGAUGAGAAAAAGUUGGAUAAGAUUCGCUGGUCAUCAAAUUUGGAUGCUUUGUGCUGGCUGAUAGUGGAUCGUGUAUACAUGGGUGCUUUUCCUCAACCUUCAGGGGUACUGAAAACUCUUGAGUUCUUGUUGUCGAUGUUGCAAUUAGCAAACAAAGAUGGUAGAAUUGAAGAUGCUGCUCCUAGUGGAAAGAGGCUCUUAUCAAUUGCAAGAGGAAGUAAGCAACUUGAGGCUUAUAUACAUUCAAUUCUUAAGAACACUAAUCGGAUGAUAUUAUACUGCUUCCUCCCAAAUUUUUUGGUCAGUAUAGGGGAGGAUGAUCUCCUUUCGCGGUUGGGUUUUCUCGGGGAACCUAAAAAGAGACUGUCCUCAACUUCAUCUCAAGAUGAUUCAGUUAUUGAUAUAUACACUGUCUUGCAAUUAUUGGUUGCUCAUAAAAGAAUAAUAUUCUGUCCCAGCAAUACCGAUACAGAUCUUAAUUGCUGUCUAUGCGUGAAUCUAGUAUCUCUUCUCUGUGAUAAAAGACAUAAUGUACAGAAUAUUGCUAUUGAUUUGUUCAAGUAUCUUCUGGUACAUAGGAGGGCUGCGCUAGAAGACUUGCUUGUUUCUAAACCUAAUCAAGGGAAGCAACUUGAUGUACUUCAUGGUGGUUUUGAUAAAUUAUUGACUAGAAGUUUAUCUGAGUUUUCCGAGUGGUAUCAGAAUACUGAACAGAUUGUGAAUAAGGUAUUGGAGCAGUGUGCUUGCAUUAUGUGGGUGCAGUAUAUUGCAGGAUCAUCAAAGUUUCCAGGAGUAAGAAUCAAAGGGAUUGAAGGUCGUCGAAAGAGGGAAAUGGGAAAGAAAUCUCGAGAAGCUGCAAAAUUAGAUUUAAGGCACUGGGAGCAGGUAAAUGAGCGAAGAUAUGCACUAGAUUUAGUUCGUGAUGCAAUGUCCACUGAGCUGAGAGUUGUUAGGCAAGAUAAGUAUGGAUGGAUUCUGCAUGCUGAGAGUGAGUGGCAAUGCCAUCUUCAGCAACUUGUGCACGAACGAGGGAUAUUUCCACUCAGUAAAUCCUCUCUGACGGAAGAGCCAGAAUGGCAGCUUUGUCCAAUUGAAGGUCCGUAUCGAAUGCGGAAAAAACUUGAGUGCUGUAAACUUAAAAUUGAUACUAUACAAAAUAUUCUUGAUGGACAGUUUGAAUUAGAGAAACCAGAAUUGUCUAAAGGAAUAGUUGACAAUGGUCCUGAUGCAUCCGAUUCAAAAUCUUAUUUUCCACUGUUGACUGAUGGUGGCAAACAGAAUAGUUCUGAUGGUGAGCUGUAUGGACCUUUCUUUGAUGAUAAGUUGGAGAGUGUUAAAGAUGCAGUUUCUGAGAAGAAUGAGUGGAAUGAAGACAAGGCGAGUAGUAUGAAUGAAGCAAGCCUGCAUUCUGCCCUUGAGCAUGGUGCCAAGUCUAGUGUAGUAUCAGUCCCAAUAGAAGAAAGCACACUAGGAAGAUCUGAUAUGGGAUCUCCGAGGCAAUCUUCUUCUGUAAAAGUUGAUGAUUUUAAGAUUGCCGAUGAUAAGUCUGAUAAAGAAGUGCAUGAUAAUGGUGAAUACUUAAUCAGACCUUUUCUGGAACCUUUGGAGAAAAUAAGAUUUAAAUAUAACUGUGAACGGGUUGUAGGUCUUGACAAACAUGAUGGUAUAUUCCUAAUAGGUGAAUUCUGUUUGUAUGUGAUUGAAAACUUUUACAUUGAUGACUCCGGCUGCUUUUGGGAGAAGGAAUGUGAAGAUGAACUCUCAGUCAUCGAUCAGGCUUUGGGUGUCAAGAAAGAUGCUAAUGGCAGUUUAGAUUUUCAAUCCAAAUCAACUUUGUCGUGGAGCACAACAGCUAAAUCAUUGGUUGGUGGCAGAGCAUGGGCCUACAGUGGUGGUGCAUGGGGAAAGGAGAAAGUACAUACCAGUGGAAAUUUACCCCAUCCUUGGCGCAUGUGGAAGCUUGAUAGUGUUCAUGAGAUUUUGAAGCGCGAUUACCAGCUUCGACCCGUUGCUGUUGAAAUAUUUAGCAUGGAUGGAUGUAAUGAUCUUUUGGUCUUCCAUAAGAAAGAGAGGGAAGAAGUUUUUAAAAAUCUAGUUGCAAUGAAUCUUCCACGGAAUAGCAUGCUGGACACAACUAUUUCUGGAUCAUCAAAGCAAGAAAGCAAUGAGGGCAGCCGUCUUUUCAAAGUAAUGGCAAAAUCCUUUUCAAAAAGGUGGCAAAAUGGAGAAAUAAGCAACUUCCAAUACCUCAUGCAUCUCAACACCUUGGCAGGACGUGGAUAUAGUGAUCUUACCCAAUAUCCAGUCUUUCCAUGGGUCCUUGCAGAUUAUGAGAGUGAAAAUCUUGAUUUGUCUGACCCAAAAACAUUCCGUAGGCUUGAUAAACCAAUGGGCUGUCAGACACCGGAAGGUGAAGAGGAAUUUAUAAAAAGAUAUGAUAGCUGGGAUGAUCCAGAAGUUCCAAAGUUUCACUAUGGAUCUCAUUAUUCUAGUGCUGGCAUCGUCCUAUUCUAUCUCCUCCGUCUGCCACCAUUCAGUAUUGAGAAUCAAAAGCUUCAGGGCGGCCAGUUUGACCAUGCUGAUCGCCUUUUCAAUAGUGUAAGGGAUACUUGGUUAAGUGCCGCUGGGAAGGGAAACACAUCUGAUGUGAAGGAACUGAUUCCAGAAUUCUUCUAUAUGCCCGAGUUCUUGGAUAAUCAAUUCAAUCUUGACUUGGGAGAGAAACAGUCCGGCGAGAAGGUAGGGGAUGUUAUGCUACCUCCGUGGGCGAAGGGUAGCGCUCGAGAGUUCAUCAGUAAGCAUAGGGAAGCUCUUGAAUCUGAUUUUGUCUCAGAAAAUUUGCAUCACUGGAUAGACCUAAUUUUUGGAUAUAAGCAGAGAGGGAAGGCUGCUGAGGAAUCAGUCAAUGUGUUCUAUCAUUAUACUUAUGAAGGGAGUGUAGACAUAGAUUCAGUUACAGAUCCUGCCAUGAAAGCAUCCAUUUUAGCACAAAUUAAUCAUUUUGGUCAGACACCAAAGCAACUGUUCCUCAAAGCUCACGUGAAAAGGCGAACUGACAGAAAACUUCCUCCCCAUCCCCUUAAACAUUCCAGUCAUCUUGUUCCGCAUGAGAUCCGCAAAAGUUCUUCACCUAUCACUCAAAUUGUCACUCUUUACGAUAAAAUUCUCAUCACAGGAAUUAACAAUUUGCUUAAACCAAGAACAUAUACCAAAUAUGUUGCUUGGGGCUUCCCUGAUCGUAGCCUGCGAUUUUUGAGCUAUGAACAAGAUAGACUUAUUUCAACACAUGAAAAUUUACACGGAGGUCAUCAAAUUCAGUGUGCUGGUGUUAGCCAUGAUGGUCAGAUUCUGGUUACUGGGGCAGAUGACGGCCUUGUUAAUGUUUGGAGAGUUAGUAAAUUUGGGCCCCGGGCCUUACGUCGCUUGAAGUUGGAGAAGCCACUUUGUGGGCACACAACCAAAGUCACUUGCCUUCAAGUAUGCCAGCCUUACAUGCUUAUUGUGAGUGGAUCGGAUGAUUGCACAGUUAUUAUAUGGGAUCUGAGCUCGAUGGCAUUUGUACGGCAGCUCCCAGAAUUCCCAGCACCGGUUUCAGCAAUUUUUGUUAAUGACUUGACUGGAGAGAUUGUUACAGCAGCUGGUAUUCUUCUAGCGGUUUGGAGUAUCAAUGGGGAUUGCCUGUCAAUGAUCAACACAUCACAACUGCCUUCUGACUCUAUUCUCUCAGUGACGAGCAGUAGAUUUUCUGAUUGGCAGGAAACAAAGUGGUACGCAACAGGCCAUCAGAGUGGUGCUGUCAAAGUGUGGCAAAUGGUUCACUGCUCUGACCCAGAUAGCUCUCUCAGCAAAUCAGGUGCAAGUGGGUUCAGAGUGUUAAACCUUGGUGCAAAAGAGCCAGAAUACAGAUUGAUCCUACGCAAGGUACUCAAGUUCCAUAAGCAUCCGGUUACUGCUCUUCAUCUCACAAUCGAUCUGAAGCAGUUAUUAAGUGGGGAUUCAGGAGGGCAUUUGCUUUCCUGGACACUGCCUGAUGAGAGUCUGCGAGGUUCAUUAAAUCAGGGGUGAAGCCUGUGAAUGAUAAUUAAUUGUGCUGACUUUGGCUUUUGACCAGCCUUUAUUGUUGAAUCCUAACAUUGGCUUCUGAUGGAUCUCAAUUGUUGAAAGACGGGUUCAUGUUCCUAAUUAGCGAAAAUUACAAAAGAAUGCUGGUCGGAUUGAAACAGGGCAAACAAGGUUGACAAAGAAAAGACGAGACCACACCACAUGCAGAGAGCUAACUAAGCUUUAUGCGUGAAGAAUACCAUGUGUUCAAUUUGUAGGUGAAGCAUCAAUCAGUGAAGAAAGCUGGGUGCUAAGUGGAAAAGGAGAAAACAAAUGUUGCCUGCGGUUUUGUAUUUUUGGUGACUGGCGGACAAUAUUUUGAUUUUGCCAAGAGAGAUCUUCUGUUCUUUCUUUGAUGUACAUAUGUGAAGCAGCUUGUAAUGUUGUGUAUUUAAGUUGUAUAGUAAAAAAGGCAAGUCGUUAAGUGGAAUGUGAUUGAAAUGAUAGGCCUUGUGAGAGGUAUGGUUAUGGGACUGUUGGUGGGAUGACUAUAAUAUACUUUUAAGGGAAAUUCUUUUUCCAUAGUGACAUUGGGGCAUUUAUUUUAAUGUGCCCCUAAAAGUAAAGAAAGAAACUAAAAGGUCAUUUCCUUUGAUUUUCA